CCUAGAAUCCUUUGUGUUGUUUCCUUCCAAAUCUAAGAUUUUGGCUGCGCGUGACCGACGCCCGACGGCGUGUAGCGCAACUUUUGUGGAGGGCAUGCGACCUUCUUUUGCUCGCGUCAUACGGGAGAAGGAGAAAGCAGACCUGAAGGAGGAUCUGGAACUGAGUGAUGUGUCCUUCCUCUCGCGAGAUCGGGAUCUCCUGGACUACACAGAGGAGAAAGAAUUCUCUGACUCUGAGGAUGACGUCAGCCGCGGCCGGCGGAAAGCAAUCAUUUGCUCCUGCGCUUUUUUUGCCGCGUGCGUCUUCUUCGGCGCGUUUGUGGCCAUGGGCGGCUCUGGCGCCCAGAAGAUUUGGACUUCCUCCAGCGCAUGGGGCUCGCCCGGUGAGGACUUCCCCCUGCUGGGGCAGGGGUUGUGCAUAGGCCUUUAUGGCAUGCUCAUUCCGAAGUACAACACCUCGGACUCGGAUGUGCUGAGUUUGUUUUCAGAUUCAGAUGACUGUCGGGCAAGCUGCGCGGCGGACGACCAAUGCACGGGAUACGUCACCAAAGAUGACGGUGGGUGCAGCCUCAUCCUGAAGGAGGACGGCAUGCUGCCAGCCGCCGCGGACGGAGACGAGCGGUUCCAGUGCUUCUGGAGGCGGCGAUGGCUUCAUGAUAGCGUGGGGGUCUACAACCCCCCGCGGCCGCUGGUACCCAAGGUGAUUUGGUCCUACUGGGAGGACCUCCAGGUGCCUUUCAACAAGACGCUCCAGGAAAGAGCGCAUCAGGGCCUGGCAUUCCGGAAUUUGUGCCAGAGCUCCUGGAGGAAACUGAACCCUGGCUGGGAGGUGCGCAUGCUGGACCAGGACACGAUGUGGAACUACAUUGCGCUAGAAGACUUGCCCAAAGGCUUUCACGCGCUGAAGAUCUGGCACCGCUCGGAUGCAAUCCGUUUGGCGUUGGUGGCCAAGCACGGGGGCGUCUGGCUGGAUGCGACCACGCUGCUGCUAAGACCCUUCAGCACCGUGAUCCAGGACACCGACCCAGGCCAUCGCAUUUUCUAUGUGAACCGAGGCCUCAAAGGGCAGCCCUUGAUCAAUCCAAGCCUUGCGGAGAAGCGGGUCACCGCUGAGCUGCAUGUGGAGAACUGGUUUUUUGCUGCGCCUCCACAGGACCCCUUCCUGGUCCGAACCCUCAGCUGCGUCAAGCGCCUACACCGCGAGAGUGACACAAAGUUGCUCGCAGAGUAUCCCGACAUGUUCACAGCGAGGCAGCAGGAGAAUCUGCUGGCGCUGGGUAUUUGGGAGUACCUGGCCACCGAUGCCUGCUUGUUCAAAGUCUUGGAUGAGGACAAGGCCCUGAAGGAGUGGUGGCUUGGGCCCUCGGUGACAAGGAGAAACCUUCUGGGACACCUGAACCCACGAUGGUGGAGCAACCCCGAUGAAACCGUUAAGGAGCUCUUCCGCCGCGUGGACCCCGAGUUGGUCCAGACUUUGACCGGCGGUGCGCUGCUGCUCUUGAAGUUCACCGGUCCGAUGCGCGACAAGCUCAUCGAUCCUUUGAGCCCAUUGGAGCUCUACGGGUGCGUGGAAAGCUCCUGGAGCAUUGCCCUCACGGCGUUGCAGCUGUUCAAUGCCACCAAGUGCAUUCAGCUGCGUCUGCCCGGGGCGAACUCCUGGCUGUGAGGCAUCGUGAGCGCGCGGCCGGCCUGCGAUGAAAGUGAGAGACUGGGUUCUGCUUGGCUCCAACCCGAGAAGCCCACGCCACUCACUUACCGGAGUUUUGAU